AUGGAGCCGCGUGGCCCGGCGGGGGCGCAGUUCCCCGCAAAGGCUGAGGCCAAGGCGCCCUCUUGGCCGCGGCACAACAGCCCGCAGAGCCCUACCAUGUGCACGGCGCGCGAUAGUCGUGCCAUGAACCGCCCCCUCUACCGCGGCCCCCUCUCACACAACGUCAUUUCAGAGCUGGCGGAGGGCUUUCGUCAGUUGGGCGGCGGCCAGAAAAAGCACUUCAUUCCGGCGCAGCUCAUCCUUGAGACCAUGAAGAACGUUGGCAUGCAUCUUUCAGCAGACGAGUUCCAGGAUGUGCUUCGGGUGGUGGGGCAGAGCGAGCCGCAGAACGCGGAUGAGCUGAGUUUCAGCGACUUCCUCCUGCUGAUGACGCGGGAGGUGGAAGAAACGAUGGCGGAGGAGCUGCGCUCCGCCUUCCACCACUACGACAAGCAGCGCACCGGCUUCGUCACGCGGAAGCAGUUCACCGAGCUGUUUGCCACCCUUGGCGAGCGGUCGCCGCCGGAGGAGCUGGAGGAGCUUCUCUCCCUUGCCGAGGUGGACGAGGUGGAGGAAAAAAUCGACUACAGCCGAUUUGUGAGAGAGUUGGCCUCCCGUGUAAACAACAUGUAG